CCAACGCAAUCGUUGUGCAGUCAACAUCUCAGGAUACACUCCUCCGAAAGGUCGAAGAAGUUCUUCAACAAGUCAUUCUACAAGUUACCAAAACUCACAAACAAAAAACAAUGGCCACCAAAUACGAAAUGUCCAAGACCUAUCAGUACCGCAAGGUGAUGAAGCCUUUGCUGGAGCGGAAGCGUCGUGCCAGGAUCAACAAGUGCCUGGAUGAACUCAAAGAUCUGAUGGCCGAGUGUGUUUCCCAGACGGGCGAUUCCAAGUUCGAGAAGGCCGACAUUCUGGAGGUCACCGUACAGCAUCUCCGCAAGUUGAAGGAGUCGAAGAAGCAGGUUCCCGCUAAUCCCGAGCAAAGUUUCCGUGCUGGCUAUAUCCGGGCAGCCAAUGAAGUGUCCCGUGCUCUGGCCUCUCUUCCCCGAGUGGAUGUGGCCUUUGGAACCACCCUGAUGACCCAUCUGGGCAUGCGUCUCAACCAAUUGGAGCAGCCGAUGGAACAAUCGCAGGCCGUCAACACGCCUCUUAGCAUCAUCUGCGGAUCCAGCUCCACUUCCAGUUCCUGCUCCAGUGCCAGCUCCUGCUCCUCCAUCAGUCCCGUCUCCAGUGGCUAUGCCAGCGACAACGAAUCCCUGCUCCAGAUCAGCAGCCCCGGUCAGGUGUGGCGCCCCUGGUAGAGAGCAGAUCUAAAUAAUCCCAGGACUGAAUCCCCCGACGGGCAAUCGAGCAAUUGGAACCGCAGCUUUAGAAAAUGCUUUAAAAUGAUCCUCAUUUAUUUGUUAUGUUACCAAGUUUUAGGUUUCUAAGUUAAGUCUGUGAUAGGGACGCUUUAUUAACUUUUGUCUUAACUCAAUCGAGCAGAAGUCUGUUUUUUACUCUACAUAUAUACAAAUGUUUACCAGCUAAGAGAUCUCAAGUAUACAUCAAGAAAAACUACAAAAUGAAAAGAAAUACAAAACAAAAUAUGAAACGAAA